AUGCUGCAAAACUAUUUGGAUGCCAUGUCACUGUGUAAAUGGUUUGGAUAUCCUGAUUUCUUCAUAACCUUUACGUGUAAUCCCAAAUGGCCUGAGAUUAAAAGGCUUCUUAAGGAUAUUUCACUUCAACCAGAAGACAGGCCUGAUAUACUAUGUAGGUUGUUCAAGAUCAAGCUUGAUGCAUUCAUUAAAGACUUAAAGGAGAAUCAAAUUUUCGGCAAAGUUCAAGCAUAUGUUUAUACCAUUGAAUUUCAAAAAAGAGGUUUGCCGCAUAGUCAUAUAUGUAUGUUCAUGCAUUCUGACAACAAGCUACCAACUGUUGAAUGUAUCGAUCCGAUAAUUUCAGCAGAGAUACCAGACAUAAUUGAAGAUCCUGAAUUGUAUUCACUUGUGAAUGAGUUUAUGAUUCAUGGUCCAUGUGGAGCUGAAAAUAUGAAUUGUCCAUGCAUGGUGGAUAAAAGGUGUUCUAAAAACUUUCCAAAACAAUUCUGUAAUCAUUCUUCUGUUGAUCAGAAUGGUUUUCCGUUAUAUAGGCGAAGAAACGAUGGUCAUUUUGUUGAAAAAUCAGGUGUAAGGUUGGAUAAUAGAAAUGUUGUUCCAUACAACAAAUAUCUAUUGAAAAGAUACCAGGCACAUAUUAAUAUUGAAUGGUGCAAUCAGGGAUCUUCUAUAAAGUAUUUGUUUAAAUACAUAAAUAAGGGUCCUGAUAGAGCUACAGUUGCUGUUGUACCAACCAACAAUGAAUGUGAAAAUAACGAUGCGGUCGAUGAAAUAGCUGAAUAUUACGAUUGUAGAUAUUUAUCAGCAUGUGAAGCAUCAUGGCGAAUUUUUACAUAUGAUGUUCAUUGCAGAUAUCCAUCUAUUGUCAGACUACCUUUUCAUCUUCCUAAUCAACAGCAGAUUGUAUAUGGCGAAGACGAUGAUAUUGAUGAUGUUCUUGACAAACCUUCUGUUGCGGCUUCAAAGUUCACAUCUUGGAUGAAGUGUAAUUCAAUCGACAGUGAAGCACGGAAACUCAUAUAUGCUGAAUUUCCUACAAAGUUUGUUUGGAUAUCAAAUGGUCGGUUUUGGAAGCGAAGGAAAGUAGGAAAAGCCAUCGGUAGAAUUCAUUCGGUUUCACCUAAACUAGGUGAAGCAUAUUUCUUAAGGAUUCUUUUAAAUAAAGUAAAAGGUCCAACAUCAUUUGAUGAUAUUCGCACGGUAAAUGGUGAAACACAUUCUUCUUUUAGAGAUGUUUGUUAUGCACUCGGGCUAUUAGAUGAUGACAAGGAAUACAUUGAGGCAAUUAAAGAAGCAAGUCAUUCUGGAUCUGGUUUUUAUCUACGCUUCUUAUUUGCUACAUUGUUGAUGUGUAAUAGUAUGUCUAAACCAGAGGUCGUUUGGGAAAAUACAUGGGAAUAUCUGGCAGAUGGAAUUCUAUAUAACCAACGACAAAGAUUUAAGUCUGCAGAAUUAUCACUCGGAUUAGAUGAACUUAAAAACUUAACUUUGUUCGAAAUAGAACAAAUUUUACUUCAAAACAACUCUACUCUCAAAAACUUCAAAAACAUGCCAUACCCAGAUGUUGAAUCCGUUUCUUCUUCAAACAAUCGACUUAUCACCGAUGAGCUAGAUUACGACAUUCCCGUUAUAAAGAAUGACUAUGAUCGUAUGUUUCUUUCAUUAACAAAUGAGCAACCAAUUAGAUCUGAAGGUAAUAUUGUCUUAAAUGUUGCUUCAAGCGGUAUUGCUUCCUUAUUGUUACCCGGUGGUAGAACAACACACUCUCGAUUUAUACUUCCAUUUGAACUUACAGAGGAUUCUUUUUGUAAAAUAAAUCCAGACGGUGAGUUGGCUAGCUUAAUAAGAAAAACCCCUUUAAUAAUUUGGGAUGAAGCACCUAUGGUCCAUAAGCAUGCAUUUGAAGCUUUAGAUCGAACUUUGAAGGAUUUGUUAAGGUGCGGAAAUUCAACCAUCUCAAAUAUUCCAUUUGGAGGGAAAGUUAUUGUCUUUGGAAGAAAUUUUAGACAGAUUCUACCUGUUGUUCCGGGUGGCAGUAGACAGAACAUUGUAAAUGCUUCUUUGAGUUCUUUAUAUUUAUGGCAACAUUGCAAAGUCCAUAGAUUAACAAUAAACAUGAGGCUAACUGUUGGAAGGGAUCAAUUAGAUAUAGGAAAAAUAAGAGAUUUUGCAAAUUGGUUGUUGGAUAUAGGAGAAGGAAAACUUGGUGGUCCGAACGACAGUGAAACGAUUAUCGAUAUUCCGGGUGGUAUUCUCAUUAAUGAUUCACAUGAUCCUAUAGGUUACUUAAUUGAGUUUGUAUAUCCUUCAAUUUUAGAGAACUAUAGCGAUAUAAAUUAUUUCCAAGAAAGAGCGAUACUUGCUCCAAAAAAUGAAGUUGUCCAGGAAAUAAACGACCGUCUGCUUAAGAAGUUUCCCGGAGAUGAAGUUGAAUAUUUAAGUUCAGACAUCAUAUGUGAAUCCGAAUUUGUCCAUGAUCAAUUUGAUGCAGAUUUAUACUCUCCUGAUGUAUUAAAUGGUCUUAAAGUAUCCGGUUUACCAAAUCAUAAGUUAGUUUUAAAAAUUGGUGUUCCAGUAAUGUGA